CGAUCCACAAUUACAAGAAUGUCAUACAAAAUUUCCCCUUCCAUAUUACUUCGCACUAGAGUGCAAAGCCACCUAUUAAUUACAAAUCGCUUCACAUAUACGUCUCUGCGCAAUGCGCCAGGCCGCGUUUGUACGGCAUGUUUAGGGACGCAAAUACAAAACCGAGCAAAUCAUCAUGAUGCAGGGCAUGAGCUGAAGAACGGGGGCAAAGAAAUGAAAGACAAGGCAGGAGAAAAUGCAAAACAAGUGUAUAACAGCGUGAAAGAAUAUUUGGAGGAGAUUAAGCCCGCUAUUGGCGAUAAGGUGGAAGGUGUGAAAGAGAAGAGCACGGACAACAAUGCUGUGAAUAAUCCUUUUGCAAGCCCAGAUCUGGAAAAGCCUCCUCAACAUAAAGGCAGCAGAGUGGACGCGGCCGCCGCUACGCCGGCCGAUGUUCGCUUGUCUGAUGAUAUCGAGGCCAAGGCCAAAAAGGUGUAUGACAACGCGAAAGAUAAAAUGGACGAUAUGAAGGCCGCUAUUGGCGACAAGGGGGAAGGUACGAAGGAGGAUAGCAUCGACAACAAUGCAGUAAGUAAUCCUUUUCCAAGCCCAGAUUUAGAAAUGACUCCAAAUACGAAACAUACAGGCAACAAUGUGGACGCGGCCACCGCUGCGCCGGCCGAUUAUCGCCAGUCCGGUGAUAACACAGAUUCCAAAUUCACACAAGAUGGGAAAUCCAAGUGAAAUCUUCGGCCUGCAUUUCCUCGAUUCUAAAUCCAUAUUGAUUGUGGUGGAGCUUAAAAAAAUGAUAUUGAAAGUAGGGUUUUACUGUUCACGAGUUACUUGUCGACGAAUGGUUUGUCAACUUAAGAUACCUAUACUAGAUUCACAAAUUCCAUACUGUGUACCGUUUUUACACAAUUAUUGAUUGGCCCUGAUGGGGUAGUUAUGAAGGGAAGAGAAACGAGCAUGCCGGAAUGUGAUCAUGAACUAUACAAUAUAUGACAUAUGAUGGUUAAGUGUGCAGUUUAUGCGACACCUGUACAAAUUAAUUCACGCCCAUUAAUUUCCACCUAUAUUUUCUAAAUGGCAUAGCGAAUACUAGUAGUAGUGUACUCUUUCUUCUAGUAAUCAGAGUUUUAGUGAUUACUUGAUGAGUGAAUAAACCUGUUCAAGUAGAUUGCGGAACCCA